GAGGAUCGUCGCCAUCUUCAGGACUGAAGAACAAGCGGACGGCAGUCACCUGAGGACAAAACAAGCAGGACGCCGGGAGACAAAAUGGGGAGAGUGAACAUUUGGGUGAAAAGGAGUUUCAUCGUGGUGGCAAGUCUGAUGGUGGUCAUUGGCGCUCUGAUGUUGGCAGGCACUCUGUUCAUCCAUGGCCACUACCACCGCGAUGAGCAGAUCGAGGACAUGAUCGUGGGCAUACGCGCCGUUUACGCCAUUUCUAUCAUCGUGCUGCUCUUGCCCAUCAUUGGCUUGUAUGGCGUCUGCAAGGAGAAGAGAUGGGUCAUCAUUGUGUUCACCGUUGGAAUCAUCCUGUGCAGCCUGUUUGUGCUUUACAGUGGAAUCAACGUGCUGGUGGUGCGCCCUAUGGUGGUCCAAAACAUGCACGCGUAUUACAUGAACAUGCAGCCCAUCCGCAACGCCACUGACGUCGACCUCAAGAUUCUGCACGAAACACAAAUCCAAUUGGAGUGCUGUGGCGUGCAGCAGGGCUACCAAGAGUGGGGCUACGACAUCCCAGAGUCCUGCUUGUGCGUCGACAACUCUACCAGCUCAUGUGUGGCCGCGCCAAAGAACAGCAGCCUGUUCAAGACCAUGGACGCUGUGAUGAUUUAUGAAGAGUCAUGUCUCCCAAGCAUCGUGUACAACAUAGACGUGUCUGUCAACAUAGCCAUGGGCUUCUCAGCGGGCUUGAUUUUACUUUGGACGUUGUCCUGUGUGCUGAGCGUGGUCGUCUUGUGUCAACUGAAACCCAAAAAGGACACGCCCACCGUCGCUUACAGUCGAGAGGCCAAAACUGGCAACUACGCCGUCCUCACGGAACCGGCGGAGCUCCCCUGAUCAAUAUUUGAUCACUGACAAAUGUUCAAUGUGUGAUACGAAAGCUUACUUUUAACUUCAUACGCAAAAUAUGAAGCUUUUUUUUUUUUU